AUGAGUUUGAGAAUCCAGCGAUUUGCAUUUGAGGAACAAGUGCUAUCACUAUCGAAUUCAGACACGUACAGUGAAGCCGAAUGGAUUGAGAAGAGCAAGUUUCUCGAUGAAUGGGACUAUUGUCAAUGGGAAGCUGAACAUUGGUUAUUUUGCACAAAUCAAAAAGUAGAAAAAGCAGCUCAAGGCAUCGUUAUUGAAGGUGAAAAGUUGGGCGGCGAUAUUUACAUGAAUCAAGCGAAUGAAAUUGCCGAUCUUCUAAUGUCAGUUGCCAAUAAUGAUUUCACAGAAAUUCAAAAAUUCUGUUUCAAUUUAUACACUAGAGAAACCUUUUUGUACAAAUUAAUUAAUAAGGUGUUGAGCAAUCGUGAUACAACAAAAGUCAAUACAUUAGGACCAUUUUGUUCAAUUCUGAAUCGUAGUUUCGUUUUAUUGUCGAAAUAUCGGUACACGGGUAUUGUGUAUCGUGGUAUACUACUCAGUUCCGAACAAGUCAAACUUUAUCAACAAGCACGCGGUAUCUUUCAACAAUGGGACAGUUUUGUGUCAACCACAAAAAAUCGAAAUAUGGCAAAUAUUUACGGGAACACAUUAUUCAUAAUUACGAUAGACGGUCUAUACGUCAAUGGCCUCGAUAUUUCGUCAUUUUCCAAUUUUCCCGAAGAAGAAGAAGUUCUCAUACCACCAGGGCGAACAUUUUCAAUCGAUGAAAUUAAAUUUAACACGGUAGACGACAAAUAUCAUGUUCAUAUAUCAAUGUGUUAUUGA